CCACAGUCCAUCGUUUGAAUGCAUGGUAAGAUUCAUCCAUUGCCUCUUUCUUACAGUUGACACUCUACUUGUAUCGUGUCAGGCUUACUCGCUCACUCACUAAAUUGGUGUAAUAUUCUUUUUCUUCCUCAUUCACUCUCACUCCCCCUUUUUUUAACUGUUUCCCCUGGCUUGGUCAAAUCUUUACCCGUGCAAUUGAUCUGCUGUUGGUUGCUGAUCUGGUACCACCACAUAGUCGACCCUUCACAAUCGCAAACCGUCCAAGAACAGAGAUAUGGCUCAGUCCAAUUCUCGUUCUGACAGGCCAACCAGGCGGAGUAGCGAGGAUGAACCCUCAGAAGAGUCUCCUCUGCUUCGUAACGGUCAAUCUCCUUAUUUGGGACGUGGCUCGAUGCCUGCUAGUUCCACUAUCAAUCAAGGGUCCUGGCGUCGUAUGGCCGGUGUUUUCUUGCUCAUAGCUGUGUCCUACUUGGUCAUUGGUAGCAUUGUUAGCUACAAGCGGCUUUCACUUCCAUCUCCUAAAUCCGUUGCAGAUGCUACUGGUCCGUUUGAUUUCUCUGCUCAAUGGGCUUGGAAACAUCUCGAACAGAUCGCUCGACAACCUCACCCUAUUAAUUCGCAUGAGAAUUUGCGUGUUUAUGAUUAUCUUGUCAAGGCCGUCAAGGAUCUGCAGGAAGAAGCACGUCAGCUGAACAGGAUUGUUGAGAUUGCAGAUGACAAUGUCAAGAUGACAUUGGCCCAAAACUUCUUGAGCAACUCGACCCGUCUUGAGUUUUAUGAAUCAUCCAAUAUUCUUGUGCGUGUUGUUGGCACAGAAGGCCGUGCAGAAAACAGCAAGAAAGGCCAUCCUGAGGCCGUUGUGGUUGAUGCUCACUAUGAUUCUGUUCUAAUUGGACAUGGUGCAACAGACGAUGGCAUUGGCGUAGUUGUCUGCCUAGAGAUGAUCCGUAAUUUAAUUCACCAUCCUGUCAAGCACAAUGUCAUCUUCAAUAUCAAUAAUGGCGAGGAAAUUGGACUCUUUGGCGCAGCAGCGUUCAUGAAACAUCCAUGGGCAGCUGACGUCAAGGCCUUUGUCAACCUUGGUAGAGAAUUUUAGAAAGAUGCUUAAUAUGCCAUUAUACUAAUACAUUAUACUAAUAUUCACUUUUUAUCCGAACCAUCUGUAGAGGGGGCUGGAGCCGGUGGUCGCGCUCUCUUAUUCCGCGCUAGCAAUAGGG